CGAAGAAGAAAAUGGAAAACAAAAGUAGCGAAAAAUUUGCGGUGAUAGGUGAUAAUGCUAGGUAAAAGGGUUUGCUUUGCGCUUGUCAAAAUUGAUACUCAUGUAGCAUCAUAUAUUUGUCCUGUAAACCAUUGUCGCAUUAGUUAUGUCAUCGCCUAAUGUACAACAUACUGUUCUCGACGACAAAAGCCAUGUGGAUGGAAAAGUUAAACGAAUGCAAGGUUUUCUUAAGAAAAUAAAAACAAGAAAAACAUCACCGCCACCUUCUCCACCACCCACUAAGCUAGCUGAACCUGUAAAGGAGGAAGUUAAACACCAAGUAACACAUGAGAAGUCAGAAGAGACUUUACUUAGGCAAUAUGAAAAAGAUGUAAAAAGUGCAUUGACAUAUUACAAAGUUAUUUUACAAAAAGGUUUUAUUCAAAAACUUCCAGGAACAGCAACUGCAGUUCUGGAGAGCAUAAUAAAUGCAGGAGAGACUAUUGAAAACUGUUUACGUCUUCUGUUCAAAGUUAAAGAAUUUGAAAAAGACACAGAAAGUGUCAAACCAUUAAAAGACAAUCUCAAUCGCAGUAUCACACACCUUAUUCGUAUUUCUGAUGAUGUUUUAUUUGAUUCCUAUGUUCAUGUUAAUAUUGACAAAGCAUCUGCAUUCAAAGCAGCAGAUGCUUUGUCAUUGUCACUUGGAAGCUUAUAUGAGUUUGUAUUGCCUCGUAUCCGAAAAUAUUCGUUAAAUGAAGAAUUAUUACAUUGCAGUGCCAGCCACCAUUCAAGUGCUAAUUCACUAGAUGCAUUAGAUAAUAUAUCAGAGACUGAUAUUUUGGAUGAUUACCCGCAAUCAAAUCUGGAACUGAACUCUAUGUCCAAAUUCAACAGGGAUUCUGGUGUUUAUAGUGAGGGGAUAACAAAUUAUCGAAGUGAAACAAAUUUAAGCUCUACAUCAGAUCCUCCACCCAAACCGCCACUACCGAAUGGUAAUAGAAUGUUUUAUGGAAAUUUCUCAAAUCCUCAUAUUAGAAAGGCAGUAAGUCAUCCUGGUGAUAUUGCGUCAGAUUUCACAGGUUUAAAAGAAAACAAACAAAAAAUUAGACCAAAGUCAGACCUGCAUGGAGGUUCACCAAAGUACUUAGACGCCAAUACACCAUAUAACCAUUCUAGCAACCAAAGCAGCAGGUCGUCACUUUCCACAAUGUCAAACAGUUCAUUGAGUCCAAGUAAAGUUUCUAAUAAUGAUGAUGAUGCGUUCUUUGAUUCAGAUUCUUCAAUAAAACGUAGAAUUAAUUCUCAAUCUGAGAGCAUGGAUGCAGAAAGCAUAAAUCACGAAGAAAUGGGUCUGAGUAGUGAGACAUUUACUCAAAUUCAAAAAUAUUCUAACAAAUAUGAAUUGCUUGCCAAAAGCACUCUCUCGUUGUUUAACGAUGAUGAUGAUGAUGAUUUGUUGUCCCCGGUGUCAUGUGAUGAAAAUAUGCCACCUUUGUUACCAAAGAAGAAAGCAAAACAUACAGUUGAUAAUUAUUUAACGAUAAUGGAAGGUUAUGCUGCCUCUGAUUAUAACGAACGACCUUCUUCUUUUUAUGAUAAUUUACCUGUUCCAAAUGUUCAUAAUAUUACUGAAGAUGAACUAAUUAAUGGAAUGCCAAAAUUACCACCUAAGAGAGGAUCUUAUUCGGGGAGAAGUAAUGAUGAUGAUUCAGGAAGUCGUUCACCCUUCAAGUCCAGCCGCGUAAUAAAAAAACAUCGCAAUAGCCGAAGAGAGUCAUCAGGUAUAUAUGAGGAAGAUAAUGUUCCUGCUUUGGAUUGUAAAGACGUUUCACACUUGAUUAUCUUUAAGGAUGAAGAAACAGGACCAUUGUUAUGUGGAGGAACUGUGGAUGCUUUAAUUGUUUAUGUAUCAGAAGUUGAUCCUGAAUCCCUUUAUUACAAAGCAUUCCUUGCAACCUACAGAACAUUUGUGUCUCCUAUGGAGUUGAUUUGCAAGUUAUUGUAUCGUGCUAACAGAUUUCGCGACAAAGGUAGUUUGCACAUUUCGCACUCAGUGUUAAGAAUUCUUGUUAAAGUCAUGGAUGAAAUGUUCGAAGAACUCGAUAAAUCGCUAUUCGAUCAAUUACGGUCACAAGUUCACCGUCUGCUUAAUUUAGGUGAAUUAAAGUUAGCAAAAAGUUUGCGUGAUAAAAUAGUUAAUUACUGUAUCAAAUUGCAAGUCAAUCGAAUGCCAAUUUAUCAACCUGUUAGUAGUGAAAAAGAACUUUUUGACUUUAAAAGUAAUGACCUUGCACAGCAGAUGUCAGUACUUGAUGCAGAUUAUUUCAUUAAAAUUGAGUUACCAGAAAUUUUGCGCUGGGGCAAGGAACAGAGUGAAACACUAAGCCCUAAUUUGAGCCGGUUUAUUGGUCAUUUCAAUAGCAUGUCAUUUUGGGUCAGGACAUUAAUUCUUAACGAAACAAGGCAACAGGAAAGAGAGAAAAUGUACAAAAAGUUUUUAAAGAUUAUGCGGAUUCUGAGAAAACUAAGCAAUUUCAGUUCAUUCUUGGCUAUUUUGUCAGCGUUAGAUUCUACCCCUGUUCGAAGGUUGGAAUGGCCAAAGCAAUAUACUGAGUUGCUAGCAGAGGAUUGUCAUCUUAUUGACAGUACAUCUGCCUUUAAGUCAUACAGACAGGCAUUAGCAGAAGCUAAACCACCUUGUAUUCCAUAUUUGGGAUUAAUCUUAACAGACAUCACUUUUGUUCACCUUGGUAAUCCACAAGAUUUACCAGACGGGAAAGUAAAUUUUGUUAAACGUUGGCAACAGUACAACAUUUUGGAUUCUGUAAGAAGAUUUAAGGAACAACUUUAUGAUUUCCCACGUAACGAAAAAAUCUUGGAUUUCUUUAACGAAUAUGAAGAUCAUAUGGAUGAAGAUGAAAUGUGGCAAAAGUCGCUCGUGCUAAAACCUCGGGGAAAAUAGUGUAUAUUUAUAAUUUUUUGUCAUCUGUAAAGUUUCUUAACUUCAUACUUCUCUUUAGUAGUGGAAUAUAGUUUAUCCCUGACUUUAGCAAUUUUAACAAAGUUAUUAACCUAAUUUUGACUUUAUUUAAUUUUAUCUUUUAUUGACAGUUCUUU